AUGGCUCCCGGGAUGCCUCACAACCCAAGUCAGCAAGGAGUACCCGGAGGAGGUAUGCCUCCCCAGCUAGGCGCGCAUAUGGGAGUCUCUGGCGCGCCUGGCGCCCAGGUACCCGCUGGGCUCAUGGGCAACAUGCAACCAGUAGCAGGUGGGCCGAACGCACAUGCACUUCAACACUUGAACCCUGCGCAGGCACAAAUGUUCCCUCAACAGCCACUACACCUCGCCGGUCCGAUGCACUCGCAGUUCCAGCAGCAGCGAUAUCUUCAACAGCAGGCCCAGGCCAGGCAGGCACUGAUGCAACAACAACUACAUGGAAACAUGGCCGCCGUUAACGGCAUGCCCAUGGGUAUCCCUAUGAACCAUAUGAAUGCGGCGCAGAUAAACGCCAUGAGGCAAGGCAUGAGGCCGGGCCAACAUCCCGGCCACGCUCAGGCUUUGAUGGCUCAGCAGAUGGCCAUGCAGCAUCACCAGGCCCAAGCCCAGGCCCAAAACCAACACCUCGUCCAGGGCAAUACCCCAGGCCAACCUAUGCAGAUGACACCCCAGCAACUUCAAAACCUGCAAACACAACAGGCGCAAAUCGCCGCCGCGACCAUGCAGACGCAGGCUUCCGGCCAAGGCCAACAGCACCCCGGUCAACGACCCCAACCUCAGGCCCAACCCCAGCCCGGCCCGCAAAACCCCCCGGGUUCGCAACCCCAAACGCAAGCCGGUACACCCGCACCCUCUGGCGGACAGCAGACGCCGGCGCAGACUCCGGGACCUGCACCUGCGCCACAAGCCCAACCCCAGCAACCCCAGAACCAGCAAGUUCAGCAGUCUCAACCGCAACUCCAGAACGCUGCCGUCGCCGCGGCGCAGCAACAGGCGCAAUUGAACGCGGCGGCCGCGCAUCAAGCUGCGGUAGCAAACAACAUGGCUCUACAACAGCGGAGGGCGGAGAUGAGGGCGGAGAUGAGGAGUCACUGCUUGCUGAGACUGAUGCAGUUCUCGGAGUAUCUCAGCGGGUUCCCUGGUCCAAAGGGCAAAGGCGAUUUGUCGUAUUGGAACGAAUUUGUUAACCGAUUCUUCUCGCCCAAGGGUGUCUUUAGGCACUGGGUCCAUAUCAACGACGCCGAGCAAGAGACUGACAAGCAGUACGAAAUUGCGUUCCCCGCGUUGGCGAGAUACUUCCAUACGUACUUCGAGAGCGGUGUCAAGACAAUGCAGUUCAUUAUGGACAAGGGAACAACAGAACGUCCACUUCCUGGUGACAGUUAUUGGAUAGAAAACAGCCGAUCUAGCUUCGUGUAUUGGUUCGAGAGCGGUCUUCAUCUGGUGGCUACCGGAACGCUGAGGGCUCAGUUUGAUGCGGAACAAAAACUCGAGGUCUUCGAGUUCUCGACCACGGGCCACGAGGAAUAUGUGUCCUUGAAGAACGUCAUUAAAGCGGCCACGCCGGCCCACAAUUGGGUCAAGGACUGGCAGAAGCUUAACUCGCAAGACGCCAAAUCCUCUCCCGAGAUGAGCAAAAAGACGAAGCAGAAGCAGCUCAAGUCGCCCCAGAACCCGCCUCCCGAUGCCCUUGUGGACCUGCCUCCGUCGGCCGUUAAUGCAAGCAUGGGAAUUCCCGAGGCGAUUGCGGAAGUAAUGGGUCAAAUGGGCCCUCUCUUUGGAUACUGCCACACGCAUCCUGGGGUUAGCGCAUAUGCGGCCGUGGACCAAUAUGUAUCCCAAUUUAACAACAACAUGAACGCGCAAAACAUGGUGCAGGGACCCCGGACACCCAGUUUCGCGAAUAUGCAGAUGGGUGCCAGCCCUGCCAUGGGUAACAUCCAGUUACCCGGCUCUCCCCACAUCGUUGGCAGCCCGAUCCCUGGCCACAUGCAGGCCCCCGGAAUGCAGAUCCAGAGGAGCCACCAAGGAACGAGCUCCAGCGGGCCAAGCGCCAACACCUCUCCCGCAUCGAACAAGAGGAGACGGCCAUCUGCCGUUAAGACGGAGGACGACGGAUCGGCUCCGACACCGGGCGGCGGGCAGGUCAAUGGCAUCCAGGGCAAGAAGAACCCGCCCACACCGAGGAUGCCCAAGAAGGCCAAGACAAGCCAGUGA